GUCGCGGUAGCAGGACUUUACGCGCCUUUAAUUUGAAGAGUUCCAUUAAUGGAAAUGAUAAGUGAAAAUACACAAUUUUGAUACUGAUCACGUGGUCGCUAUCCGUCUAUAUGGACAGGACCCCAUUCCCGAAAAUAGCUUGAACAAGAGAUUAAAAGGCUAGUUGUAUUCGGAUUAAAAAGCUUACGGACUUCACCUGACAUAUGGAACAAUAUUAAAGGUGCAAACAGUAACUCUUGAGCAAACGUUUCGGAGUUUAUUGGCAAAUAUUAAUUUGUCUCCGAAAUCAUGGCAACAAGUCAGGACAUCGUAGUCUGUGAAGUUUGUAAGAUCGAACCCCUUCAACAUUUCUGUAAUCAAUGUGCAGUUCGUCUGUGCAACAACUGUGUCAUUACACAUCUGGGUUCUGAAUCUGUGGAGGGACACACCAUUGUUCGAUAUAAAUACAGAGAUGUUCGGAAAGUUAAACCAAGGCAAUGCUCAACACAUCCAACCGAAAAGAAAAUGCUAUUUUGCAAGAACUGUGAUGUCCAGAUAUGUGUCAAGGGACUUGUAAAUCAUGAUGAACACGAAAUCAUGGAUUUAAACAUUUUGUACAUUCAAAGUAUGUAGAUAUUGACAAACACAUUGAGGUUUUGGGGACAACGGUUAAACCAAAUUUUGAAUCUGGUAUUAAACAACUUAACCAAAUUUAUGAAGAGGCUAACAAAAUAUAUGACCAAGAACAUCAACGAAUGGUUGAUGCUGAGAAGGAAUUACAUGAAAAAGUUACUGAGGCAAUGAAAGCUUUGCUGGAUGAAAUGGAAACCAGAAGAAAUGAAAGUUUGACGAGUUUGUCUUUGAAAACGAACAUCGAGGCCAAGCUGCAGACUAUUGAUCAAUUCAUCUAUAGAUGUGAAGCUGCAAAGACAUCUCUUCAAGACAUUCUAACAAUCAAGUCUGAUGAACGUCUAUUGGAUAUGGAGCAUUCGAUUAAGAUCGCAUUUCCACAAUAUGUUUGUCCAAACAAAUUGACUGUAGAUGUCGGGACAUUAAAAAGCACACCUAAAAGUCUGGGGAUAUUAGGAAUAGAUGUGGAAAUGAAUAUUCAGUUACCUGUGCUACGUAAUGUGUCGCAAGAGAAAGACAGCACGAAACUUGAAUUCGCUGCUGAAGAUGACAGCCAGACAAGCACACAAACAGUGUCAAUGUCCAUAGAAAAGGUUCAGGACAAACUGCAUCAACUUUUUGUCAAGGAAAAUUUGGAUAAUGAAGCCAUCUUUGAAUGGAUCGAGGAAUGCGUAGAUGAGAUAACUGUCAAAAGCAACAAGUUUAUACGUGCCUUGAUGACAGCUGUUUGUGAAAGUACAAUAAGUGGAGGUGGAAGUGGUGCUCGUGUGCUUCCGGAAGUUAUCAAAAACAGAGUAAAUUUGCUACAGACAUAUUUGGAUCACCAAGCGGAAUCUGAACUGCAGGCUUUGUAUGCAUUACAAGCCCUUGUCCACAGGCUGGAGCAUCCACAGGGAGUGUUUCUCAACCUAUUUGAUAUCUUGUAUGAUGAGGACAUUAUUUCUGAAGAUGGAUUUCAUCUGUGGGAAAAAAGUAGAGAUCCCAAUGAGCAAGAGGAAAAAGGAGCUGUAAUGAAAGAAGUGGUUCUGUUCUUCACCUGGUUACGAGAAGCUGAUGAAGACCUGAGCGACAGCUGAGAAUAAUGACCAUAUCAUAGAUCUUACAGCAUUAGGGAGUGGGAAUUUAUAUCUUAUUUAUCCAUGUGGAUAUGAAAUUGAGUGCUUCUUGUGAAAACACGCAUUUCAUUUUCAGUGCAACUAUUACUAUAGUUAUUUUGAUGGUGAGAUUUAUAAGUACUUAAUUUCUUAAGAGAAAUGUAUGUGAGAAAGUUUUCUGCUACAAAUGUAUUUGUAAAUUUUAUAGAUUGAUACUAGAUGAAAACCCGGGCAAGCGCGGGAAAUCAAAAUUAACGAAUACUGCUUAGAGGAAGGACUUUUUAAAUACAAGUUUGAAAUGUUGUGCACGUGAAUUGAAUGAACGAUAUCUUUAAUUCAAAUGAAUUUAAGAAACAUAUUAAAAUAAUUGCGUGCAUUA